AUGGACAGGGCCGACAGGGCGGCGGGGACCGCCCUGCCGCCCGAAGAGGGCGGCGUCGAGUUGGUGAGCGCCGACGACGUGUUGAAGGGCGGCGGCGGCGACAGCCGGGGCCACAGGGAGGCCGUGUCGGGCGACGCGAGGCAGCGGGUCGAUAACUACCUGGGCGAGGGCGCCUUCCGGGUGGAGGCGGUGCGGGGCGAGCGGCGCGGCCAAUCCGGCGCUGUCGAGUACGAGAUCAAAUGGGAGGGCUACGCGUCGGACGAGAACACCUGGGAGGAGGCGGAGGACGUGUCUGCCGAUCUCGUCGCGGAGUGGCACCGGGAGCGAGCGGCAGCGGCAGCGCGAGGCGACAUGCAGGUGGAGGCCGGCGGAGCGGGGGAGGGUGGCACGAGCUCCGGUGGCGUGGGCACAGCGGGUGAGAACACCACCGGAGCCGCGCGCCCAGGCUGCAGCAGGGUGCUGCGCAGCGCGUUGGCGGACGCAUUGGCGGAGGAGUGGGGAGAGGAGGAGGCCCUGUUGGGCGACGAGGUGCCGCUCCUCUCGCCGCACGGGCCCGACCUUUCGAAGCAUCUGCGACACCUGCGCCGGCUGCUACGCGAGUUCCUUGCGGAGGAGGCGAAGGAGGGGACGGGCGUGCCGAUGCAGUGCACCCCGACGGGCCAGCAUCCGACCAUGCGCUGGACGAUCAAGUUCGGGCGAUGGCUGGCCACCACGCGGCUGCGGCCGUCAAAAGCGAGCCGGUGGCACUUCGAGAUGCAGGGCGACGCGCGGGCGGAAGAGGUGACCUGGGUUCACAGCGAUUGUAGGUAA